UCUCAGUCAAAUUAAGUUAGUCAUGGCUUUACAACUGGAGGUGGACUUUCAAUUCUGGUCCUUCCAAAAGUGUCGUAAUAUUCAUGGGCAUUGUGUUUCUCAGAAUGGCAGCAAAAGUGGGAAAGGAAUUUGUACUCUCUGUGGGAGGCAGAACAUUAUUCUUCGGUAUACCUGAAAGACUAGUUUAGACUUCUCCACCCAGGUUCAAAAUCCAGGUGCUAACAACAGCAGUGAAAAUUUCGAAUGGCAACACCUUCACUGCAGCCUGUUUCAGGUAAGAUGAAAUAUAAAAACAUAUCUAGCUAUCUGCAUAUACGUCUACAUAUAUUAAAUCUUAAUUGUUGUAAAACUUUAUUUCUAAAGAGUUCUAGGUGUCUCACAACAACUAGACGAUUUCUCCAUUCCGAACACGGUAAGAGAGUCACAAUGACGAAACACCUGGCAAGGCAACAGGUAUAAGGAAGUGAAAUGUGUGUGUGACAAGCACCUAAGUCAGCAGAAGGCAAGAAAGAAGAUUCUUAGCUAGCAGACAUGGAUCUAUCUUUGAUACAGAUACCCUUGUUGAUCAUGGGCUUCUUUGGAGGCAUAUUACUGAUUUCUUUUCUUGCAGUGUACUAUUUGUGGCCAUCACUACUCAUCAGGAUUGGUAUAUGGUACAAACGUCAGAAAAAUGGUGCUGAGAUCAAAUAUGCCAAGUGCAAGGACUACACAUUCUGUUACCUCUGCCGAGGGAAUCCUGGACCCCAACCAUCUAUGUUGCUGCUUCAUGGGUUUUCGGCCAGCAAGGACAUGUGGUUGGAGCUAUUCAAAGGCUUUCCAAAGGAUCUCCACGUGGUCUGUGUUGACAUGCCUGGUCAUGGAGACACAACCCGACUGGAGGGUGAAAGUUAUACAGGAACUGAUCAGGUUGCAAGGAUACACCAGUUUGCUGAAUGUGUUGGUCUGAACAGAAAGCCUUUUCACUUGGUUGGCAUCUCCAUGGGUGGAAUGGUUGCUGGGCUUUAUGCUGUAUACUAUCCAUCAGAAGUGCACUGUUUAUCCCUCUUUUGUCCAGCUGGUCUGCAGAGCCCAACUCCUUCUGAGUUCAUGCAGCACAUGAAGAAUCAGGGAAAAUCAAGUGCCGAGAACAAUCCUCUCAUUCCUUCAUCCUUGAAGCAGACGAAAGAUCUCAUCAAGUUGGGAAUCUACCAGCCCCCUCCAAAACUAGGCAAGCAGUUAAUAAAAGGAUAUCUUGACUAUCAAAAGCCAAAUAAUGCUUUCUACAAGAAAUGUUUUGCAGAUAUAAGUAGGGAAGAGUCCAUAUUCCUCCUCCAUGACAACUUGACGAAGAUCAAGGCUCCCAUGCAAGUUAUUUGGGGAAAGGAUGACAAGAUCAUUGAUCCUUCUGGUGCUGAAGUUUUGGCAGCUGCUUUUCCCAGCUCUCAAGUCCAUAUGCUGGAGAGAUGUGGACACUUCAUAGUAGGUGACCGACCCAGAAAAUCCGCCAAGCUCCUCUUGGAAUUCAACAAUUCCUUUUGUAAUCCAUCUGAGAGUAAGAAGAUGGCAUGAUCCACACUGAAGAGCAAACAUCUGGAAAAUAUUCAAUGCAACAUUCCACUCUGGAAACAAGAGGGAAAUGGGAAUCCACGACGUACUUCCCACUGGUUUUUACAGUCUGAUUUUUGGAUGUUGGAUUGAUUGGCCUUGACUGCCCAGCCUCAAACUGAACCUCUUUUCUUGAUAAUUACAACCUAUACCUCUCCUGAGUACCUGGGAUAAAUGGAUACAUGGGUGGGUGACAAACAACAUGAAACAUAUACUCCUCUGGUUUAUGAUCCCAGAACCACCAUAGAGUAGGCAGUUGGGGGAACUUGAGUAAUGAAAAAUAAUGUCUGGCAUCUUUUCCAUGAAUUAUAGUGCUGUAAGCCAGACCUUUGCCAUCGCAACACACUUUUUAUUGUUGCAGAAGUUGGAACUAUGUUCUAUCCAUGCAGUGACCAGAAUCCCCAUCAAAACCUGCCCAGCCACAACAAUGGCACAACCAUUUUCCUGUUGUUGGAGGGAAGAAGGAUAAGUAAAGAAGCUGCCGGGUAUUUUCCUGCAUCUGUCUACAUUGCAAGGAUGACAUCUGCAAAGAGUUCCUGAGAAACCCUGGAGGUCUCUUGUCAUUGCCUGCUGCAACUUUUCCAGCGCUGGAAAAAUGUCUGGACACAUCGUCACUCAUUCCCUUGCUCUCCAAUUUCUAAUCAAUUGUAAUUUUAAAGGACUGCACUGCUUAAAAUGUGAGAUUUUUUGGGAGUCAUAGGCUAUCUUCCAAAAGUAGUCUUGGUGGUGGGUCCAGCUGUGAAGUCCUAUUGCUUAUCCACACAGCCUUUCACACCGAGGACCUAGAUUUCCAAGUGGAAGGUGGUCCUGACAAGGGUUUGUUUGAUGCACCUUCCUCUUCGCACAUUUCUCCCUUUCAUCCUCUGUUUGUACCUCCUCAAAAUCCACAGCACUGUUUGUAACAGCUGGCCUCCAGUUAGAACUCUCAAUAACUAGGGCUUCCCAGUUCUUGGAGUUUAUGCUACAUUAUAAAAAAUUAUCUUUAAGCCCAUCUUUAAAUCUCUUUUGCUGUCCGCCGACAUUCCGUUUUCCAUUCUUUAGCUGAGAGUAUAGUAAUUGCUUUGGGAGACCGUGAUCGGGCAUUUGGAUAACGUGGCCAGUUCAACAAAGUUGAUGGUGGAGGAUGAUUGCUUCAAUGCUGGUGGCCUUUACUUCUUCCAGCACACUGACAUUUGUCCACCUGUCUUCCCAAGAGAUUUGCAGGAUUUUUCAGAAGCAACGCUGAUGGAAUAGUUCCAGAAGUUGAGAAUGACAUUUUGGGAAUAGCAUCAGGACCCAUUGCUAUUGAAGGGUAGACAUGAGUCUCCCUGUAGAAGAACUUGACUAGCAUUUCCAAGUUCUGUUGUGAACUUGAAGGUGCAAUAGAAAGCCACCAUGCCUAAUGGCCACUAAUCUACUCAUCCAACAAAAUGAUCAGGAAUAGAGUUGUUUCCAAAUCUUGUGGCUAAUGUAUUCCACCAGAUAAUUUUGCUGUAUAAAGAAAUGUUAUUAAUCAGUUUGUUUUAUUGAAUUGACUGCAAAUUCUGCUCUUGUAAAAAUCCUCCAUUUCCCUAAUCACCUUCUCAAUAUGAUAUAAUUACCAGACUGUGAAGCAAAACACCCUCAAACAAGUUAAUCUUUGUUUAUAGAUUUUACCAGAUUUUUUUACACAGAGGUAGAGCUCAAGUUCCAGCCUGGACACCACCCUUAGGUAUUUGUCAUUUGUUUCUAGGUGGCAAUAUUAUUAUUUGAUCUUCUCAGUAGCCCAUGAAGUCAGUGACUCCUGCUGUUAUUGUAUUCUGUGUGCACAUCCCUUUUAGCUAUCUGCAUUGUACUCAAUACUACAUUCAUUCACACUUCUGUCCAUCCAGUAUUUGUUCAGGGGAUUAUACCAAAGCUUCUUGAGCAAAACCAAUAUUUACAAGUGCCUGUGGAUGAAUGUAGGGCUAUACCAAGAGUGGGGAGUUUUUAGUCCUUCCUAUGUUUUCAGCAAUAACAUCUGGGAAUGCCUUACUACUGGCCACAUUGACUGGGGCUGCUGGGAAUUCAAAUAUGGAAAAUGUGGGAGCGGGAUGAGGUUUCCCCAUUCCUACUUUAUAGGUCUAGUGUUUUGAGGCCUGGAUUAUUUAGGAUUUAAGGAUUAUUAAACAGAACAAAAAGGACUACAUAGCAACAACAAAGCAGGAAAUGCACCUGAAAGCUGAUUACUGUCAUCCCUGGCACAGUUACCCUUGGGGCAAUCAUUAUAUAAUUCUUAUUUGCAUUUUCUUGAGCUUAUGCUUGUCACGUGAUUCAUAUUCCCAAUUAGCUUGAAGAUCAUGUAUUUAUGUUCUAAGCAGGUGGUGAAACAAAAUAAGAUAAUCCACCAAGGAUGCUAGGAAUAGUUUGUUUAGAGAUGAGAUGGUAGAUAUCCAUGGUUUGGAAUUAUACUAGAGAAAGGAGUGAAAAACAAUAAGUAGAAAAGAAUUAGAAUAAACUUCUAACCUAAUUUAUCAUUUGGAGUAGAGAUUUCUUAGAGAAAAGCAAGCUUUUGAUAACUGUGAGAAUAAAAAAAAACUGCAAAAUGUAAUUAGAAAUAUCUUUAGUGUAAAUUGGGAAGUUUGGGGUGAGUUACAUAUGUAGGACUCAGUUUUACAUAUAUGACACAAUUAGAGGAAUCAGACAAAGGCUGAAAUCAAGGAUUGUCAGCCAGUCCAAUGGUACUUCGCCUUUUCUUUAACAUAGUCUCCUUUCAAAUACGGUAUCUUUUGUUGCCCUGGACUAGCAAGACUGAACUCAAUUAUUUUCACUGGGAUCUUCUUUCAUCCCUAGAGUAAAUACUGAAUACAUAAGACAAACACUGUCUUUUUCUUUCCUGGCUUCUUUACAUAUCUGGUUGCCAUAACAGAUCCCUAGGCUGUUCAUACUAUUAGAAUAUCAAAUCAGUAGAAUGUCGUGCUUUUUUUCAGUCACAAAAAUAAAGUGCUUACAAUUUAAAAACCUG